AGCUCACCUUUCAUACCGCAGCAGCAGCAGCAGCAGCAGCAGCAGCAGCAGCGGCACAUUGAUGAAAUGCUCAGCCUCCUUAAAUUACCACGAGUCUUCACCAUCAAUCAAGUUCCCAAAGUUUUCCAUGAGGACAGCAUCAUCUCUGGGUACCGACACCCCCGCAGCUCAGCCACAGACUGCAUCCGCAGCCUGUUCCAGCUGACCAAUGAGACGCUCAACAUCUGGACCCACUUUCUACCCACCUGGUACUUCCUAUGGAAACUGGUGACCGUGAUGGUGAUGCAGACGGCAUGGCAGGAUGCCUUCACCUGGCCGCUGGUCAUCUUCCUGUUCUCGUGCUGCGUUUAUCCGCUGGCGUCCAGCUGUGCUCACACCUUCAGCAGCAUGUCGGUGCGGGCGCGCCACAUCUGCUUCUUCUUCGACUACGCCGCCCUCAGCUUCUACAGCCUGGGGUCAGCGUUCAUCUAUUCAGCGUAUGUUUUCCCGGACAAGUGGGUGAACAGCUUCUUCCACCGGUGCUACAUCCCCAUCGCUCUGUUCAACACUGUCAUCUGCACCGCCCUUUCCUGCUACUCCAGGCUUGGUUUACCAUUUCUGCAAUAUAAUCAUGACAUCGUAAAGAGAUUUCCUGAGUGUCAGCGUCCGAGGUUCAGCAAAUGUCUCCGUGUUUUUGCCUUUGCCUACCCCUACCUGUUCGACAACAUUCCACUGUUCUACAGGGUGUUUCUGUGUGUGGGAGAUGGCUGCACAGACAAUGAUACCAACUUCCUCCACUAUCACCACAUCACCUUGGCUUUCCUCACUGGCUUCCUGUUUGCCACACACUUGCCCGAGCGCCUGGCACCUGGCAGCUUCGACUUCAUAGGUCACAGCCAUCAACUCUUCCACGUGUGCGGCAUCCUCGGCACUCACUUCCAGAUGAAUGCGGUGGAGCAGGACAUGGUGACGCGGCGCUCCUGGCUCCUCCAAAACUCCAUUCCCAUUACAUUCUUCAGCACAGUGGGUGUAGCACUGCUCUGCCUGGUGGUGAACUUGAUCAUUAUCAUGCUCUACAGUCUCCCGCUCCUCUCUGCACCAGUUUGCCCAGAAAAGAAAUCUGCUAAAAGUUGAAAGAAAGCCUCUGUCCCAACUGAUGAAUCUCCAGCUUUAGGGCUCAGGCUACAACAAAAGUGCAUUAUGGGGGAUUUAAAGAGAUUGUAAAGGCCACUUCAGGACUAAGAGGAACUGAUGUAAUGUUUAAAUCAAUGAUAAGCUGCAGUCUGCACUAAACUCAUGGUGACUGGUGUAGUAAACAGAAAAUAAGGGCAUAUUUUGCACAAUCAUGCAGUUUAGUAAGUAAGUAAGUAAGUAAAUUUAAUUUAUAAAGCACAUUUACACACAGCAUAAGCUGACCAAAGUGCUGUACAGUGAAAGACUUAAAAAGACCCAAAAUAAUACAAAGUAAUACAAAAAACAUUUGACCAAUAGUCAUCAUUAAAUAAGAUAAAACAUGAAUAGUGAAAUAAGUAACAUACAAGACAGGGCACACAACACAGAAAAUAUAGAGAAAAGCAAUACAGGAUUAGGGAACAAGAAAGGCCAGGGAGUACAGGUGGGUUUUUAGCCUGGAUUUAACAAACCUAUUUGUCAGCAUAAUAGACAAUGAAAGAAAAUGUUUCUGAGGAAAGUUGUUACUAUGAUAAUUCACAAUGCGUGUGCUUUAACACGGCUUGUAACGAGUAAAAGCACUGAGACUAUCCCUCAUUCAAAAAACAGGCAGCUAUGACGAGGGAAUAAAAAAAAUCCCUUGAGGUGCCUGCGCAGUAGCAACUGAAAAGUUGCAAAAUUAUAUUAUGUGAUAUUUGAUAUUUUCAAAUUGUUUGCAAAACUGAAAGUAUUUAGGGACAAAAUAUUAUUUAUUAUGAUUUCUUUUUCUAAUAAACUGAAA